AUGAAGAAGGCUUGAGAAUUAGAUGUCAAUAUCUUUGAUAUUGCUGAGAUAUAUGGAACCGGUACUGCGAAUGCCAUCAUGAGUAAAGUCUUGAAGAAGAUAGGAGCUGAAAAAGAAGACUUAAUAAUUACAACCAUACUGAUAUACUGUAGAAGUGGUCCUAAUAACUCAUUGCUUAGUAGAAAACGCUUGUUGGAAGAACUAUGUUCUUUAAAGCAGCUUGACCUUGAUUACGUUGAUGUAGUCUUCUACCACAGACCAGAUACUCAUACUCCUAUUGAUGAAACAUACAGAGCCUUAGAUUGGAUCAUUGAAGAAUGAUAUGCAUUUUAUUGGGCUAUUUCAGAAUGGACUGCGGAUCAGAUUGAUAUAGCCAUGGAUAUCUGUGAGAAGGAGAAUCUUCAUAUGCCAAUUGCUGAUCAGUGCCAAUACAAUGCCUUAUUCAGAGAGGACUUUGAGAAGAAUCUGAGACACUCAUAUGAAAACUAUAAAUAAAGAAGGAUCCACCGUCUGGUCUCUUUUUACAAUAGAAUUUCUGACUGCUAAAUACAUCAGUGGUGAGUUUCCAGAAGGAUCAAGAUUCCAUCCAAAUAACAAGGAAUUAGUUUAG